AUGCCUCAGAGUCACAGCAUUCUUGUCCUCCCGGGCGAUGGGAUAGGCCCCGAAGUCAUGACCGAGGCCAUCAAAGUGCUGAAAGUAUUCGACAGUCCGGAACAUACCUUUGUGCUUCGGGAGGAAUUAAUUGGAGGCUGUAGUAUUGACAUUUCCGGAACUCCUGUUACCGAGCAGGUUAAGCAAGCAGCACUGGCCUCAGAUGCGGUGCUCUUUGCCGCCGUUGGAGGCCCUAAAUGGGACAAUGCUCGGCGUGGGCUCGAUGGACCCGAGGGGGGUCUCCUGCAGCUUCGGAAAGCAAUGGACAUCUAUGCAAAUCUACGGCCCUGCUCUUCAGACUCUCCUAGCUCAUCAAUCACCAAGGAGUUCAGCCCCUUUCGCCAUGAGAUUCUCUUUAAUUCGGAAGAGGAUGCCACUGGAACUAAAGGGGUGGAUUUCGUGGUGGUACGAGAGAAUUGCGGUGGCGCCUACUUUGGAAGAAAAGUCGAAGAGGAAGCGUAUGCAAUGGAUGAGUGGGGGUAUUCAGAAGCAGAGGUUCAGCGAGUGACUCGUGUUGCUGCUGAAGUUGCACUCCGCCACAGUCCUCCCUGGCCAGUGAUAUCACUAGACAAAGCAAAUGUGUUGGCAUCAUCUCGACUCUGGCGUCGUGUGGUCGAGAGAACAAUGGCCGCUGAAUACCCACAGCUGAAAUUGAUCCACCAGCUGGCCGAUUCGGCAUCAUUGAUCCUGGCAACCAAUCCACGAGCUUUGAAUGGGGUCAUCCUCGCAGAUAACACAUUCGGCGAUAUGAUAUCCGACCAGGCAGGGUCAAUCAUCGGGACCCUUGGAGUGCUUCCCAGUGCAAGCCUGAACGGCCUACCCGGUGACAAGACUCUCAAGACCAGGCCGUACGGGCUUUAUGAGCCUACGCAUGGCUCGGCCCCAACGAUUGCUGGCAAAAACAUUGCCAACCCGAUUGCCAUGAUCCUGUGCGUUGCUCUCAUGUUUCGGUAUUCUCUCAACAUGGAGGUCGAGGCGCAGCGAAUCGAGGAUGCAGUCCGACGGGUUCUUGACAAAGGUUUGCGCACGCCUGAUCUAGGAGGAAAAAUGGGCACCAAGGAGCUUGGAGACGCUAUUGUAGCGGAGCUUUCACUCUGA